AUGCCAGGGAACAGUUUUAACCGCAGUCCUACUCCUACUGCACCCACAUCAAGAUUAGAAAGGCUUCUGAGGGAAAGAGAGCUCAGGAAGUCCAACAGGCAUUCUCAACCAGUUGAGGAGGCAAGAGACAGCAACAAAGAUCUUGAACUUCAUGGUGAUUUGUGUUCGAGCGAGAGUGACAUUCGUGAGGAAGAGUUAUUUGAAAAGGAUGCGGCUGCAAGAUUGCCUGAAAGAUUUCCAAGACAAGAUGAACAGUCGAGUAUCAAACAACGCUUAUUGGUGGUGGCCAACAGAUUGCCUGUGUCUGCUACUAGGAAGGGUGUGGAUUCAUGGCAACUUGAGAUCAGUGUAGGGGGGCUAGUCAGUGCAAUUUUAGGUGUAAGGGAAUUUGACACUAGGUGGAUUGGGUGGGCUGGCUUGAAUGUGCCAGAUGAAGUUGGGCAGAACUCAUUGACUAAAGCUUUAGCUGAAAAGAGGUGCAUCCCAGUAUUUCUUGAUGAGGAGCUAGCUCAUCAAUAUUACAACGGUUACUGCAACAACGUCUUAUGGCCUCUUUUUCAUUACCUUGGACUUCCACAAGAGGACCGACUUGCUACCACUCGUACUUUCCAAUCUCAAUUUGAUGCAUACAAGAUAGUAAACCAAAUGUUUGCUGAUGUGGUAUAUAGGCAUUAUGAGGAAGGUGAUGUCGUCUGGUGCCAUGAUUACCACCUGAUGUUUCUUCCAAAAUGUUUAAAAGAACUCGAUGAGAAAAUGAAAGUUGGCUGGUUUCUCCACACACCGUUUCCUUCCUCAGAAAUACAUAGGACACUGCCAUCCAGAACAGAACUGUUGAGAUCUGUACUUGCUGCUGACUUGGUGGGGUUUCAUACAUAUGAUUAUGCAAGGCAUUUUGUUAGUGCCUGCACUAGAAUUCUUGGACUUGAGGGUACACCUGAAGGAGUAGAAGAUCACGGGAAGCUGAUUCGUGUAGCUGCAUUUCCUAUUGGGAUCGACUCUGAAAGAUUUAUCCGAGCCCUUGAACUCCCCCAAGUCCAGGAUCAAAUAAAUGAACUGAAAGGACGAUUUGCAGGCCGAAAGGUUAUGCUGGGUGUUGAUCGCCUUGAUAUGAUAAAAGGAAUCCCCCAAAAAAUCUUGGCAUUCGAGAAGUUCCUUGAGGAGAAUCCUGACUGGCGGGAUAAAGUAGUCUUGAUACAAAUUGCUGUUCCUACAAGAACUGAUGUUGCUGAAUACCAAAAGCUUACAAGCCAGGUGCAUGAGAUUGUUGGACGCAUUAAUGGGAGAUUUGGAACACUCACUGCUGUUCCAAUACACCACCUGGACCGAUCACUUGACUUUCAUGCAUUAUGUGCACUAUAUGCUGUUACCGAUGUAGCACUCAUCACAUCUUUAAGGGAUGGAAUGAACCUUGUCAGCUAUGAGUAUGUUGCUUGCCAGGCUUAUAAGAAGGGAGUUCUCAUUCUAAGUGAGUUUGCGGGCGCAGCGCAGUCUCUCGGUGCCGGUGCUAUCUUGAUAAAUCCAUGGAAUAUCAACGAGGUUUCUGCCUCUAUUGCUUAUGCCUUGACCAUGCCUGCUGAUGAAAGAGAGAAACGUCAUCAGUUCAACUUCAAGCAUGUGAUUACUCACACAUCUCGGGAGUGGGCUGCAACAUUCGUGAGCGAACUGAAUGACACUAUUGUUGAAGCUCAGCUUAGGACAAGACAAGUUCCACCCCCACUUCCUAAUGAAGCUGCAGUUGAUCGUUACUCAAAAUCCAAUAAUCGAUUAAUCAUUCUGGGUUUCAAUGCCACUUUAACUGAACCAGUGGAUGCCCUUGGGAGUGGCGGCCAAAUUAAAGAAAUGGAGCUUAAAUUGCACCCAAAUGUAAGAGAUCCUUUAAAGAAGUUGUCUGAUGAUCCGAAGACAACAAUAGUUGUCCUCAGUGGGAGUGAUCGAGGCGUCCUGGACAAAAACUUCAGCGAAUUCAACAUGUGGCUGGCAGCAGAAAAUGGGAUGUUUUUACGUCUUACUUCUGGUGAAUGGAUGACAACCAUGCCUGAAAAUUUAAACAUGGAUUGGGCUGAUAGUGUGAAGCAAGUUUUUGAGUACUUCACUGAAAGAACUCCUCGAUCUCAUUUUGAGCUGCGUGAGACUUCAGUUGUAUGGAAUUACAAGUAUUCAGAUGUUGAGUUUGGAAGACUUCAAGCCAGAGAUCUACUGCAGCAUCUUUGGACAGGCCCAAUAUCAAAUGCAUCACUUGAUGUUGUCCAAGGUGGUAGAUCUGUUGAGGUUCGAGCAGUCGGUGUCUCAAAGGGAGCAGCAAUUGAUCGGAUUCUGGGAGAGAUAAUUCACCAGAAGGGCAUGAAGGCACCUAUUGAUUAUGUUCUCUGUGUUGGACACUUUCUGCCAAAGGAUGAAGAUGUGUACACAUUUUUUGAGCCAGAGCUUCCCUCUGAGUCACCAACAAUAGCAAGAGCUAUGCUAUCCAGCUCUAACAAGCCAUCUCUGCCAAAAUUCCAUGGAUCAAGCAAGUGUGGCUCCAAGGCAGCUCGACUCAAGAAGCAACGAUCCAUGUCGACUUUAGAAAGGAGAAAAAUGGAUCAAGCAAUUGGGAUUCCAUUGCAGCCAACAUAUCGUGAUAGAGUAUCAUUGCAGGAGGGUUCUUCGGUGCUUGAUCUCAAAGGUGAUAAUUACUUCUCCUGUACUGUUUCGCGAAAGAGAUCAAGCGCACGAUAUCUUCUUAAAACAUCAGAUAGUGUCGUCGAACUGUUGAAGGAGCUGGCGGAUCAACUUGAAUGA